AUGACUGUACAAGAGGGUCAAUCAAAGAAGCCAAGGAUCCUUUACAUCCCCUGGGAUAAGCCCAUUCAUCAUAAGGAAUCAUGGGAGCUUGUCAAUGAGAAAUUUGAAAUUGUGACUUAUGAUUUCGACACAGUACAUGAAUAUAUUGAAGAAUUAAAAAAACCUAACCACGGAAAGAUCGGUAACAUUGAAGCCGUGUUACGCUCAACUUGGCUAAAGUCAAGUCCUUACGUUCAUCACUAUAUACUUAGAGAUGAAGCCGUCAGACUAUUGCCCCAAUCUGUAAAAAUUGUCGUACAAUCAGGUCAUGGGUACGAUAUUGUCGACGUUGAGUAUUUAUCGUCAAGGGGGAUUAUAUUUUGCAACUCGCCAGAUUCGUGCUCAAGGGCCACAGCAGAUAUCGCAACUUAUUUAAUAUUAGCCUCUUUCCGGUAUACUUCCUACGCUGAGCAUUGUGUGAGAAGUGGCCAUUACUAUGAUUCGCAGGAAUUAGCACAAAUCGCUGACGAUCCUAGUGGUAACACGUUAGGAAUUAUUGGGCUAGGUGAUAUAGGUAAACUAGUUACACAAGCAUGUCAGGCGAUUGGAAUGAAAGUAAUUUAUCAUAACCGUUCAAGAAAGGCAGAAAUUGAAAACGAUUUCCAGGAGGGUUCUUUGACUUACUACAAAGAUUUUGAUGAUUUCUUGGCCCAAUCUGACUGCAUCUUAGUGCUAUGCCCGUACACGAAAGAGACAAGACACUUAAUUAGUUUUGAGGCUUUUAAAAAGAUGAAACCCAAAGUGAGGUUAGUAAAUAUAGCUAGAGGUCCAAUUGUACACGAGGCUGCAGUGAUAGAUGCUUUAGAAAGGGGACAGUUGGUCGGUGCUGGCUUUGAUGUUCAUGAAUUCGAACCAAAAAUACACGAAAGAUUGCUUAAUAAUUGGAAGAUUACUUUAUUGCCCCAUUUAGGUGCUGUUAGCAGGGCCUCAUGGAGAAAGUUUGAAAAAAAGUGCGUCGAUAAUUUAAUUGAGUAUUUUUAUGGUGCGGGAAAGCCAAAUGCCGUUAAUAAAGAGAUUUUAAGCUGA